GUAAUCAAUAUGGCGGAUCUCCACGAGGGGAAGAUACUCCGAAAUUUUGUAUUUUUGAGCCUGUUUGCCAGUCGCUGAUAAUAAUAGUACACUAACUACAGCCUUUGAGACCUUUUUGGAAUAUUUAAAACCUUAACUAGCCAUAUAUAUCGAGACUUGAUCAUAAUGCAGUCCGGCCCAAGUCAGCAUCAGGAGAUGGAGGUGAAACAGUUUCAAAACUUUCUGCAAUACUACAACAAAUUGACAGAGUUGUGCUUCACAGAUUGUAUUCAUGACUUCACCAACAGAAAGAUUUCAACAAAUGAGAAUAAUUGUGCUAUCCAUUGUAGUGAGAAAUUUUUGAAAGUUAUGCAGAGAGUAGGAGUCAGAAUACAAGAAGUCCAAGUAAUGCAAAAUGAAGGUAUCCUUGGUGCUCCUGACCCUCCUAAAUGAUAACUGAACUUUCAGUGAGCUGGAUUCAAGACUGUCUUUGUUCAAAGACUCUCAGCUACAGGCACUAAACUUAAAAUACUAAAGGAUGAGUGUUGCGUUAUCAUCCAAUGAUAAAAAGUUUAAACUCUUGCAUAUGGAAGCUGUAGGUGUGAUUUUGGACUAGUGGCCAGGCUCCAGUGGUUUGAAGGAAGGAUAAUGCUGUCCACCAGAUAAAUCUCUAUCCAGUGGCUAGUGCAGCUUAUUUGGUUAGCCACAGAAUAGUGGUUUAUCCAUUGGACAGCAUUAUUUGCUCUUUAACAACUGAGCCCAGAUUUAUUGAAGAUGGCGAGUGGUUUUCAUCAGCCGUUAAGUGGCGAGGAAAGGAUACUUGUAAAGAUAAAUCGCACAAGUCAGUCUAUUGGACAGGUUUUGAAUAAAAGUAACCUUUUACAAUUU